AUGGAAAUAUUUAAUAUCAUCGAAAUACUAUUGACUUUUGUGAUUCUACCGCUGGUUACUCUCAUAGCAACAUUAAUUUCUUGUGGAAAUUCACGACCAAAACAACAAGUAAGAAUGACAAAUAAUUCCCAGCAUGGAUCUAUGAAAAUGGGACAGUAUGAAAGAUUUGGAAAUUAUAAGAUCGGAAAUCAAAUCGGUUCUAAACGAUCAGCAAAAACGGAAAAAACACGCAGCACGAGAUCACGAUCGAUUGAAUCAAAUUCUAAAUCACGCAGACAGAGAAGUCUUCCAUUAAAGCAAAGUCAUCGUGCUAAACCAUUAACAUCAAAUGGAAUUAGUGCUGAGAAAUCAUCGAAAAGAAGCAAGAAAUUAGAAGACGAGCAACGUGAUCUAAAAAUGGAACCGAUCGAGUUACGUUGGAAUACAACCGGUGGUGUUCAAAAAGUCUUCAUUUCAAAUCCGACCGAUAUACGUCGAGCAAUUAAGGUGAAAUGUUCCGAUAGUAAAUUAUAUCGUGUAAAUCCUGUUUAUUCCUUCAUUGAACCAGGACAAGUAUUAGCUAUUGACAUUUUGCGCCAAAAUGGUGGCGCUAAAGUGGAUAAAAUGGUUUUCCUUGCUGCUACGGCAAAGAAACAAGAUCAGAAUCCACGGGCAAUAUUUCAAGAUAGCUUACCCAAACCAAUGAUGGUUUUACCACUAAUUGCAACCAGCAAUAAUGCAUAA